AAAAUUCACGUAAGUUUCUUGACAUUUAAAUAUUUGUAGAGAACUAAAAGUACUUUAGUUUUAAUAAAAUUUUGUAUUGUUAUUUUAUGUUACGAAGGUUAACUUAAAUUAUUUGAAAUUAAAGUGAAACUUUCGAUUAAGAUGGGGAAAAGAGUAGAACGUAUCCUUAAAAAACUGCGAAAUACCUUCCUAGUUCUUAUACUGCUAUUUCUUCUGAUUGUCUACCAAAGUAAAAAGAUGCAUAACCAAAGGGUUGCAAUGCAAAUUCCUAAUAAUGCUUUGAAAUAUAUAUUAUUUGAAAAGUCCAAAGGUAGGCCUAAGGAUAUUAUACAAUUGAGGACGAUAGUUAGUCAUCAUAACAAAAAAAUAAAUAUAUUAAAUAGCGAUAACUUUGGACCAAUUACAAAUAAUACAAUCGUAUUCGCCAUAACGGUGGACAAGUUUUCAAUUAAUUUACAAUUCCUAAUAGUUUCCCUAUCACAAAUUCGAGGAAUUCAUCAGGUAUUACUUGUUUUUUCACACUCCAUUUAUGAUGAAGAUAUCAACAAGCUGAUUGGAACGAUAGAUUUUUGUCGAGUACUGCAAAUAUACUACCCUUACUCAUUACAAAUGUAUCCAGACGAAUUUCCUGGAUAUAGUCUCCAAGACUGUCCCCAUGAUAUGGAUAUGAAAACUGCCCGAGCAAUCAACUGUACUGGUUUCCUUUUUCCUGAUAUUCGAGGGCACUUUAGAGACCCAAAACAUGUACAGCAAAAGCAGCAUUGGUGGUGGACAGCUAAUGUAGUAUUUGAAAGUGUUUUAAGUAUUGUUAUGGAUUAUGAAAGAGUAGUUGUUUUUUUAAACGACGAUAUAUAUUUAUUGAAAGAUUUUUUAUACAUGAUUUUGUUUAUGGAGAAAAUAUCUAAUGACCUGGGUACCUGUGAGUUUUUGACACUCGACCAUAGGAAUUUAAAUUUUUUGAGAAGUAUUGACGGUUUAGAACUUACACCAUGGGAUCUAAACUAUGAGCCAAGUGCUCUAGCAUUUGACUUCAACGUUUGGAAUAGUAUCGUUUCUAAUUAUGAUUUAUUUUGUGCUGUUGAUGAUAGUUCUUGGACUCGAUCAUUAAUUUAUGUAUCAGACAAACGAAAGAAGGCUUCGAGAUUCAGAAUAUUAUCAAGUAUGUUUCCAAGGACGUACAAGAUAAACUCGUGUAUGUUCGAGCGAACUUUAGAGUAUUGUGAUAUUAAAGAAAAUGUUUAUCAAAUAUUAGAAUUGCAGAAAAACUUAAACGAUUUCUUAUUUCCUACGCACCUGGAAUUAUACAUUCCCAUUCAAGAUGAGGAUGACCCAUUAGUUAAUGACGAUGUUGUGGGCUUUGGUGGAUGGAGCGAUCCGAGGGAUAAAGAUAUGUGUGAUAAUAUAACAUUGUCUAAAAUAAAAAAGAUCGUCCUGGGAAUGAGAAACGAGAUCGCUCAAUUUUAAUCAGUAUCAGCGCAAUAAUAAUAAGAAUAAUACAAAUAUCAUAGAGUUUUCCUUAAUAGUCGAGUAGGUGAUCGAAUAUCUUGUUGGUUGGUUCAAUGAAGAUUAAUGUUUUAAACUUGUCUGCCCUGGUAGUAUUUCAAAGUAGCAUGAUCCGUCCAGAUUGGGUCUAACAGUUGAUUAGUAGUCAACGUGACAAUUAAGCUCCGAGACAAAGGAGAGGAUGCGAGUGAAGGCAUUGCGCGUGGCUGUUGGCUGCUGGCGGCUGGCGGCUGGCGUAGGUAGCGAGCGUUUCGUGGGGGGAAGGGGCUCGCACUUGCGCACGCCGCGUUAGCCUAGCCCGGUCCGAGCGAGCAACAGUCUGCUCGCGUGAGCCGCGCUCGCGAUUCGGGCACGUUGCGACGCAUUAUCAUGACCCAUGGUAAGCACUCUUCGAUACUAUAACUAUCAACGGCCGAACUCCCCAACCAUGUUCAAACCCAAAAACAAAAUGAAAACAUAGCAAAAAUCGAAGCCGCGAGCGACUUUUCAGUGAUGAUUUUUCAACAGCUUUCAUUAUUUAUUUACGCGCCCCCAAUACUGUGCGGGCCAACUUUAAAUUAAUACGUAACAAUACGUUAAAAUUUCUUUUCGAUGUGCGUUGGUCGAUGCGGAAAAUGAUUUCAAAUCUAACAAAAAGGCAUGACUCGCUGAGAUAGGUUCAUAAUAGCGGUUCGCUUUGGGCAUUUUAUUUUCUUUACCAACAAUAGCUGAUUUAAAACGAAAACUCAAAACGCGAAGUUUAUUAUAUAGUUGUUACAUUUUGCGAUAGUUCUUGUGGUAAUGUUUGUUUAAUUUUGCUAAAUCAGAAGAUAAAGUAUGGGAAUUCAGAAGUUGGAAGUUGAUUCAUCGUAAGUUUUUUUAAAUUUGGUAAGUAUUUCGUAUUAAGCUCUUUUUAUGAUAGCAAAAAUCUAUCUCAUUGUUUUUAAAUAGCAAUACAGCUUUUGCUAAUAAUAUGCUUCUGAUAUGAAAAACAACGGAUAUCUGCUGCAAAAAUCGACGUCAUUGUUAGAUUCUUUAAUUACUUAGGCACUUAAAAUUCCAAAGCUAUUAAUUAUUAAAACAUAUGAUUCUGUUUUUCAUACCGCAAUCCUUUCUGUAGGAUACACAUUGAU